AUGGCCGAUAUUCAACCAGACCAGUUCUCCAAGUCCGGUGCCGAGGGGCUGGAUGCAGCUGACCCUUUAUCUCGGUUCCGCAAAGAGUUCUAUAUACCAACUCUGGCAGACUUGAAACGCCCAACACUGGCCAAAGCAUCUGACGAGCUAGCCUCAAAGCCGUCCACUUAUCUGUGUGGUAACUCGUUGGGUCUUCAACCCGAAAGAACCGCCGAGCUGAUCGAUGCAUUUCUAACGCAAUGGCGAACCAAAGCCGUCACGGGUCAUUUCGUCGAGCAUUCCGACUCGCCUCUGAGGCCCUUUCUAGAUGUGGACGAUCAUGCUGCACAGCUCAUGGCUCCCAUCGUGGGAGCUCUUGAAUCCGAAGUCGCCGUGAUGGGAAGUCUCACUGCUAAUCUGCACUUCUUGAUGUCCAGCUUCUACCGUCCCAGCAAAAAGGGUGAAGGAAGAUACAAGAUCUUAUUGGAGGGCAAGGCGUUUCCCAGUGAUCAUUAUGCAAUCGAGUCACAGAUAAAACAUCACGACCUCGAUCCAACUGACGCCAUGAUCUUGCUGGAGCCUGUCAAUCCACAAUCUCCACUGCUGACAACGGAACAAAUCCUGCUUGCGAUUGAUCAACAUUCAUCAGAGCUUGCUCUGAUCCUCCUCCCAGGAAUUCAAUUCUACACAGGCCAGUACUUUGACAUCCAACGAAUCACUGCCCAUGCGCAUUCUCAUAGCAUCAUCAUUGGAUGGGACUGUGCUCAUGCUGUUGGUAAUAUUGAUCUCCAACUGCACGACUGGGAUGUCGACUUUGCCGCUUGGUGUACGUACAAAUACCUGAACUCCGGGCCUGGAGCGAUGGCCGGCAUUUUCGUGAACGAAAGAUUCGGAAAAGUCGACAUGGAGAGUCCGGACCAGAAGUUUUGGCCACGUCUUUCCGGCUGGUGGGGAGAUGAUAAAAGCAGUAGAUUUCAGAUGACGAACCGUUUUGUUCCUCGCCCAGGCGCGGCAGGUUAUCAACUUUCCAACCCUAGCGCACUCGAUCUGUCUGCCGUUGUUGCAUCUCUGCAGAUAUUCAACGAGACCACAAUGAAGGAUUUGCGGCAAAGAUCUAUCAGACUGACGAACUAUUUAGAACAGCUUCUCCACCAACUGCUGCAGAAACUACCGAGCCAGUUCGAGAUUAUCACCCCUCAAAGAUCCCAGGAGCGAGGUGCUCAAAUAAGUCUUCGGUUGGCGGCAGGGUUGCUAGACCACGUUCUUGAAAGCUUGGAAGCCGAGGGUGUCAUUAUUGAUGAGAGAAAACCGGAUGUCAUAAGGGUUGCACCGGCGCCCUUAUACAAUAAUUUUGUUGAUGUGUGGCAAUUUUGCCAGGUUUUGGAAAGAGCUCUGGUCAAGGCCAUCACGUCGAAAGCAGCCCAAUCAUAA